GCUAAGAUGAGUCUUAUGACAAAAAGAAUAUUAAAAGAACUUGAAUAGCUUAGAAAUGAUCCACCAUCAUCCUUUGUGGCUCAAUGCAUAAAUAACAACCUUUAUGAAUGGCAUUUUACAAUAAGGGGUCCUGAGGAUUCUGAUUAUUAGGAAGGAAUUUAUCAUGGAAAAAUAGAGCUUCCGGUUGAUUAUCCAAUUAAACCUCCAAACAUAUAUUUUUUGACUCCAAAUGGUAGAUUUGAAGUGAAAACCAAAAUUUGUUUAAGUAUAACAAAGUUUCAUCCCGAAAAUUGGAAUCCCAGUUGGACAAGUAAAACUAUUAUACAUUUUCUUUAGUUAGAACAAUGAUAGAAGGAAUUAUAUAACAUUUUCAUGUGUCAGACUUUGCAGUGGGCUCAAUAAAAUAUACAUCAACUUAAAUAAAAAGUUUAGCUUAAGCAAGUCAUACAUGGGAAUGUGAUCUAUGUGGGCCCAUUUCUAAAUAAAUUGCUCCUAAAAUCAAACAAGAAUAGAAAGAGGAAUAGCCAUAACCAUAACCCAAAAAGGAGGAAUAGCCAUAAUCCAAAAAGGAUGAAUAAAUUUAAGAUAGGAAUGAAGAUAAAAAGCCUGAAAUUACAAAUAUAUUCAAUCUCAAAAAUUCAGAAUAGGACUAAUAGAAAUCUCCAUAAGCAAAAGAAUAGAUCCAACAAUAAUAAACUUAGAUGUCUAAAUAAGUAGAAUAAAAAUAAAAGAGAGAAGGCGAGAGAAAAAGAGAGAUGUAGAUGAAUGAUUGUUCUGAUGAUGAUGAAUAAGAGAUUCCUAUGACUAAAAGUCAAAAAAUGGAUUUGGAAAAACUUCUUUGGAAAGCUAUGAAUCCAGACUUUUUAUAAACUCAAUUUUCGUUGAGAACCUAGAAUUAGUAAUUUGGUCAUUGUUAUCCAUAAUAACUUCAGUAUUUCGAUUAAAGUAAUUUUAUAUCGUAUAAUAAACAGUUUAUAAAAUGAUGGAAGAAGAGGAAAAAGCCUAAAAGUCUUUGGUGCUUAAUAAGCAAAGAGAAUAGGAUGUUAAUAAGAGAGAAGCUGCAGAGGAAGUUGAGAAGCCAUAAGUAGUAAAAAUAAAUAAUUACUAAUCCUAAAUUAAGUUGAUAAAUCUAAUUCUAUGGGUUUUAAUAUUCGGAAUUGUGUUUGUAAAUUUCGGAGAACAAAUUGAAUAGAAGUUUCAAGAAUGGUUGUUAAUUGCAUGA